CAUUUCCGCCGCCUGAGAAUAUUUCCAUACCUCAGACAGAAGCGCCGAGACUCAAUUAGCUUGGCUCCUCCACCUUGCUGCUCACGACGCACUCAACAGCGGUAUGCCUGCCACUCCAGGCAAAGGCGGCUCCGCCAUCAGCUCCCUCGACAGCCCUUCUACGCCUGGUACUCCGCAACGCUUCCCGUCGUCAGCGUCCUCUGCAUCAGGGUUUGGUGCUGACUCGCCUAGAGAACAGAGCCCAGAGCUGAAGCGGCCAGGUGGCUUGAAGCAGAGGCCCAGCGGGACACUACUGGGCGGCUUCCGCUCCAGGACCACAAGUCAGACCAGCAUCAAGAGUGCAAAGAGUGCAAAAGGCGCAAAGCAAGGCGAGAGCACGGAUUCAGCUGGAUCGGGGCUCGCCAGUAAGGAACAGGAUGCCGAAGAGCUGCCAAGUGAGCUCACUGGGGAGAAAUGGAAACCACGCCCAGGCCAUCCGGGUAACCUAUCUACCGAGCAGGCUGCCGCGCUUCUGUCGCUCACUGGACUCCUCUCCUCUGAUGGUACCCUCCCUUCCGAACACGCCUUCAAACCAGAGGAUCUCGAGAUUCAUCUCUGUAGGUUCCUCAGAGCUAGGCAGUGGAACGUGGAACAGGCAAGAGUGAUGUGGAACAACAGCGUCAAGUGGAAGCAGAGUGUCAAUCUGGACGACCUGAUGGCCAAUUUUGAGUUUGAGGAGAGGGACAAGGUCGCGAAGGCAGGCUGGCAGAUGUAUUUCCACAAGACAGACAAGUUAGGCCGACCAAUCUUUGUGCAAGACCUGGCAGGCCUGGACGCGAACAUCGUCUGGACGGUGACCACGCCGGACCGCAUCGUCAGCAACUUUGCUGUCACCCUGGAAAAUGCAGUGCGAUAUCGUUAUGCAGCUUGUACACAGGCGUCCUCAUCACGAUCCUCAAAUGGUCAGGGCCGCUUGAUCGAGGAUAAUCUAAUGAUCCUGGACGUGUCUGGCCUAGGACUGUCAACGUUCUGGACCUUCAAGCCGAAACUUCAAGAGCUACUUUCCAUCCUGGAUACGAACUUCCCAGAGCUCUCAGGAAGGGUACAGAUCAUCAACGCUCCUUGGCUUUUCUCAACGAUCUGGUCAUACCUCCGGGGCUGGCUGCCCCCGGGCACCGUAGAGAAAAUCGACAUCCAGGGCACUGACUUCAAAUCCACCCUUUUGAAGUUCGCUGAUGAGAAGAACCUACCCAAGAAGCUUGGUGGCACUUGCCAGUGUCCGGGAGGAUGUGAGCGCAGUGACGAAGGGCCGUGGAAGGAGGCGGUGCAGGAGGCCAAGAGGGCGGCAAAGGCGAGGCUGAACGAGGAAAAGACAACAAGCGAAUAGAUUGCGAGCGAUUCAAGCUCACACCAUAUACAAGGUCGUAGAAUUGUAGACUCAUCACCACUGUAAAAUGCAUUACGAGCUCUCAUUUGAUUGCGAGGAAGGGCACCGGAACGGAUCGGUCGACGGA